ACUGCUAAAGGCCAUUUUUCUUGGAUUUAUGUAAAAACAAUUUUUCGAAUUACUGAUGAAGGCUGCAAGUGAUUAUGGUGCAUUGACAGCUGCUGUUACUGAUUUCCAAUGGAGCCAAAACUUUAAGGAGCCUCCUUCAGUUUGGGGGGAGAUGCUCCAUCCAAUUCGAGUUGCAUUAGCAUCCUGCACCCGAUUCUUUGAGGCCAUGUCUGCAACGAGAGAGUCAUUUGCAACACUUCAAAAUUUGAGAGUGGGGCAUUUUGCAACCCCAUUACCAACAACACCAGCCAAGGAGACUCAGAGCACACAACUCUUCCAGCUUGGAAAAACGAAACGAGUUUUCUUAUUGUAAAAAUAUUUUUAACAUUGUAACUUUUACCAUUAUUGUAAGAAUAUUUUGAAUUAUACUUCAGUUAUCAAUUUAUAUCAUAUAUCUUUCGUUGAA